GGAACCCGCAGUCGGCAGAGGUGGCCGCCAAGUUAAAGGGGGCAGCGCGGCGGCGGGGAGCCCGAGUCCCGGGGACUGGCCGGAGGGAGGGCGCGGAUCUGAGCCCCGGCCCCCGCCCCUGCCGUCGCGGCCGCUGUCCCUGUCACUCCGCGCGGAUGCAGCCGCGGGCUGGCGCGGCUGCCCUGGGGACUUAUGAGCUGUACCCGGGUUCUAGCCUACCCAUCUAGCCCAGCGAUGGCCGUGGACAUAGAGUACGGGUACAACUGCAUGGCCCCUUCCUUGCGCCGGGAGCGGUUCGCCUUCAAGCUUUCCCCGCAGCCCAGCAAACCUCUGCGGCCUUGCAUCCAGCUGAGCGGCAAGAGCGAAGCUGGUGGCAUGGUGGCCCCGGCUGUCCAGGAGAAAAAGGUGAAAAAGCGGGUGUCCUUUGCAGACAACCAAGGGCUGGCCCUGACAAUGGUCAAGGUGUUCUCCGAAUUUGAUGACCCGUUAGAUAUUCCGUUUAACAUCACCGAGCUCCUAGACAACAUCGUGAGCUUGACGACAGCAGAGAGCGAGAGCUUCGUCUUGGAUUUUGCACAGCCUUCUGCAGAUUACUUAGACUUUAGAAACCGACUUCAGGCCGACCACGUCUGCCUCGAAAACUGCGUGCUGAAGGACAGAGCUCUUGCAGGCACAGUCAAGGUGCAGAACAUUGCAUUUGAGAAGACGGUGAAAAUCAGAAUGACAUUUGACACCUGGAAAAGCUUCUCAGACUUUCCGUGUCAGUAUGUGAAGGACACUUACGCUGGCUCAGACAGGGACACGUUCUCCUUUGACAUUAGCUUACCCGAGAAAAUUCAGUCUUACGAAAGAAUGGAGUUUGCUGUGUGCUACGAGUGCAAUGGACGGACGUACUGGGACAGCAACAAAGGCAAAAACUAUAAGAUCAUCCGGGCUGAACUGAAAUCCACGCAGGGGGCCACGGAGCCACCCAACGGGCAGGAUUUGGGAAUAUCCUUUGACCAGUUUGGAAGCCCUCGCUGUUCCUAUGGUCUGUAUCCGGAGUGGCCCAGUUACUUAGGAUACGAAAAGCUGGGGCCCUACUAUUAGUGACUGCAGGUGACGGAGCAAGCCUGGGCUGCUGGCAGACAAGCCUGGCUCCGGUCUCAGUGCAGUGGAGAUGGAAGCCCAGGGAGGAGCAAAGUUGAACUGCCAUUAGGCACAGUUUUUGAAAAGAAAGGAUCCUAGUCACUUUCUUCUUAAACCAGCAAAUCCAGCCCGGUUUAGAUCACAGAACCGGUUUCAUACCCAGAGGAGAGGUGGCAUGCUGGUGAUCCAUCAGGCACCGGUGGCAGCCACAAGGCUUUGCGAAGGAUGGUGCUGGAAAGGGUUUGGAUAGGACCCAAGCCUGAGGGCAGUGCUGGCGAGGCCAGAGGAGCCCCGCCUCUCUCCACUCGGAUGUGGAAAGGCAGUCACCCGAGCAUUGAGCAUCGCUCAGUCCCCAGCCACCUCCCACCGUGCAUGCUCGUCUUUGGGUGUUCCUCACCAGCCAGGCCUUUCCUGCUUGUUGCUGCUGUUCCAAGUCUGCACAUACUUCACAGCUUGUCUCUGUGCCGUGAUCCAUUGUCCCGACAUUGCCCAUUUCUAAUGCAGCUGCAGAAGAGAGGUGGAAUCUGCUCCUUAUUUUGCAAAUUCAUUUUUUGCAUUUCUUCCACAGUUCAUCCAACAUUCAGGAAAAGAUAAUAAAGGCAAGUUAGCUUGUAAUGGAGACAGGCACUUCCUCUCCCCUCUUCCUGACCCCACACACAUUUCCAGCAGAGGGAAACACAGCAAUUAUCGAAAGUCACUGGCUCCUGUUUGGUGUCACAGAUUUUAGGCAGGACAAUCAUGAGUGGGACAUGUUUAGCUUUUCCUCUUGGCUUUUAGGAGAACUUUCUAAGUAUUCACUUUUACCCUGAGUCACUAGAAGGCUCUAUUACAAGGUUUGUUUUAACUUGCUUGACUGGUUUGCAAGUAUCUCAUUCUUUACAAAAGAACUUUAGAUCUCCUUUCCUGGACAAUCACCUUUUAUGCUGUGUUUAGGACAUUUGAUUUACAAAUCCGCUGUAUCCUCAAAGCCUUCAGAAGAUGUUUGGUUUUAUUUCGACUGCAAUUUAACAAUAUCCAGGACACUUUACAAGCACCCAAGGACAUUGAUUUGGGUGUUCUUAUUUAUGGUGUGAGUACAUAAAGGGAUAGGGGAUAAAAACCUCACCAAGUUCUCAAAUGUUAUUUUAAAUGUUUGCCAACUCUGAAACAUGAGAUUAAUUGCUCUUAAGCAUAUUGGGCUAAACUCUGUUGGUUAGUGCUGUUGUAAAAAAAAAAAAAAAAAAACUCCCAGGACAUUUAUUGUCAGAUGGAUCCCCAAAACCUGUGAUUUUUCUUGGGCAAGUUGGUUUUUACUUAGGGGUGUUUUAAAGAUAUUUUUACAUAUAUAUAUUUGUAGAAAGUUGGGUUUUGUUUUUUUUUUCUGUUUUGUUGUUGUUGUUGUUUGUUUGCUUGUUUUUGGAGUUUGGUUAAGUGACUUUUUAAUUUUCUUUUUUGCCUGAUUAGAAAAGACCCCCUUAUAUCUGUGGCUUUGUACAUCAGUAUAAGGCAGAUACUGAGUGCAAGGCUCCUAGGGAUUUAUAGUUGGGGGUUAUUUUGUUUUUUUCAUUUUUGAACUUUAAAAUGUUUGAUAUAAUUCUUGUUCCUAAAUCUGGCUGUUACUAGUCUGCAAUCUAGUGCUUUGUGUUUCGUGCCUCUUCUGGGUAGGUAGCACUCUGGGACUAUAUCAUGUAAUUUACGGGGAAAUCACAUUUUUAUUUUAUGCUGAAAUUGGGCAGAACUGUGUUUUAGCUAAGCUUAUCAGGUAUGCAGAUGGUACUUUAAAUGUUACAAAUUUGGUGAUCAGAACUAUUAAUAGCAUAAGUCUAAAUCAAAUGGAAGCAAAAAUGAUUUCAUGUAGGUCAUGGAUUUUAUUUUGUGUUAAGAAGUGCCCCCCUCCAGUGUGGGAAAGGAACAAGACACACUGUCAUUUACAAGUUUCCAGACCAAGGAUCAUUGUGUGUUCGUAAGAAAAAGGCCUCAAGUGACUCUAGAAUAAACUCUGUUUGGUUUUGUGUCAUAAUGAUCCUAAGACAUUCCCAUGUCAAAAUUUGAAAAAUGGUAAUUCAGUGAUAAGAAUCUCUUCUAAAACAGCCAUCAAACCCUCCUCCCUAGCCUUCUUUCUCCCAGCUCAUCCCAGCUUUUUUGCUGGGGGCACUGGUUGCCAGCCCCAGCCAGCACACCUGGGAUGCUCACCCCACCUUGCAGUCCAGAAGGCAAGUCCUCACCUGCUUGCAGAGAUCCUUCUUCCCCAAUGAAAGAGUCUGCUUGCCCGACUUCCUUCAUCGGGCUGUCACUCAGAGGUAGGAGCAUCUGAAGAACACUGUCUCCUGUUGACCACUCCCUCCCACCCCCCAGCACAGUCUUUCUCCUUCUGACCUAGUGUGUCCCGUGACAUUCUCAGAUGACCUCAGGCACUGCAUCAAUGGACUUGCCCCUUAUGUCUUAGUUCGCCAUCGUAGAUGGACCUACACAUUUCAGAGGGUAACAGGUUUCCUAGUUGGAGACUUCACUGAGGCCUGACUUGUAGGUUUGCCAUCUUGGUUAUGGUAACGACUGGCUCCCAGUCUCAUUGUCUUUCCCAAGUUACCCCAGAAGGACCAGCCGCCUGUUACUGGUUCGGUUGUCCAGGAAUGGAGAAGCAAAUCCAUUUCUGUCUCAUAUUUAUUCCCCAAAAUGCCUGGGGAGCAUUUGCAAAUUAGGUGCAAUAAAUAAGCUGGACUAUAUAAAGAUCUACAGUAAAUAAGCUUUUAAUAUUUCUUGGAAGAAACCCAUUUGAGUGGGUUUCUUCUUAAAAAAAAAAAAACAACUAUUCUUGUUUUAGGGGAGCUGGUGAGAAAUAAUGGAGUUAUGCAGUUCUCUAAAAAUUAAAAGUUUCAGAGUCAAGGUAGAAUUGAUUUUGUCUCUAAAACUUAAUUUUAAUGGUGGUAAAACAUUAUAUGUUUUUUUUAAAUGUAAAUUUUGAACUAUUAGGAAAAUGCUUUGUGGUUUUUGAUCUUUGCACAUCAUCUGCUUUUUAAAAACCAGCAUUGCUUGUAGUCACCUGGACAUUAAAUGGGUUGUAUACGCUUCUAAACCGAAAAGUGUUUGCUCAUUUUUUAGAAGUGCCCAUAUUCUGGGUCUUCCUCUCAAUGGAUAGGAAAUGAAAGUUUUGAUUGUCUUUCAUUCGUUUCCUCUUUUAAAAAUCUUCAAUUGGAUAUAGGCCUGGAGGCUCUUUGCUCUGGGAAAGUCCUGAUCUAAUUGUUUCUCCUGCCAUGAUGGCUGAAAUUGCAGAUAAGAAGUUACACGUGUGAUGGAAUCAGAGGACAAUCUGGCAGUAUCUCAAUUUCCUGAAAUGCAACAACACAUCUAGGACUGGGGAGGACAGUUGCCGUGGCAGGCAGUUUUUCCUCGCCGUGGUUGGCAAGCUGUGCAGCCCACAUCGCAUGACUGGUUUUCCAGUUUGGGUGAUCAGUACCCAGAGACUGCUGGACCUGAGGACUUCAAGAUCACAGCUGGGAUGGUGUUUCACUUUUACGUCAAUGUGAAUGUAGUACUAAGGACUCAACUGUAUGCCAAAACGUGCCUUGUCAAGAAAUUUCUGUGUGUUCUAAAAAAUAAAUAUUUUUGUACACAAAGUUAUAGGGGAAAUGCACUUUAAAAUCACAAGAAUGGAUGUUUGUUGUGUGGUAGAAAAGAGUGGUUUGUUUGUAUCUCAAAAGCAAAAAUGUAAUAAAGGUAUUGAAAACAAAA